ACCCACAGCAAAACGGUGGGGGGGAGGCACGGUAGUCAGGAAGGAGCCUCUCGCUAGCUGUUGGUUUCUCCAGAGGGUUGAGCGGCAGGUGCAGGCGCCCCGGUAGUAGUGGUGGUGGUAGCUCGUCGUCGUGAGCUUGACUAGUGUUGCGUAGGGCAGAUCGAUCGAGGCGGCUCGCUCGGCAUGGCCUCCUCCUUCAACGACAACAGGCACUGGCCCAGCAUGUUCAGGUCCAACAAGCACGCCGCCGAGCCGUCGCCGUUCCUCUCCGGCGGCGGCGGCGGCAACGCCACCAGCGCCGCCGCUAGCGGCCUCAAGCACCCCUCCUCGGGCUUCGCAGGCGGCGAGGAGCGGACCCCGGAUCCGAAGCCGCGGUGGAACCCGAGGCCGGAGCAGAUCCGGAUCCUGGAGGCCAUCUUCAACUCCGGCAUGGUCAACCCGCCGCGCGACGAGAUCCCGCGCAUCCGCAUGCGCCUGCAGGAGUACGGCCAGGUCGGCGACGCCAACGUCUUCUACUGGUUCCAGAACCGCAAGUCCCGCUCCAAAAACAAGCUGCGCGCCGCGGGCACCGCGCGCGCGCCGGCCCGCGGGGCAGCCGCUGCGCCGCCGCCCCUCGCCACGCCGCCCGCGCUCCAGGCGGCCCCGCAGCCGCAGCUCCUGACCCAGCAGCAGGUCCAGCUGCUUCCGUCGCCAGCGCAGCAGGCGCCCACUUCCUCGUCCUCGUCCUCCUCCGACCGCUCCUCGGGGUCCAGCAGGCCGGCCGCGAAGCGGGCGGCGCAGGAGAUGUCCCCGGCGGCGGCCAUGGACCUGCUCGGGCCGCUCGCCGCGGCGUGCCCCCAGAUGUACUACCAGGGCCAGCCCGUGGCGGCUCCGACCUCGCCGCCCGCGCACAAGGUGCAGGACCUCGUGUCCUCCGACGAGCCCAUCUUCCAGCCGUGGCAGCAGGGCUACUGCCUGUCGGCCGCCGAGGUCGCCGCCAUUCUCGCGGGGCAGUACAUGCCGGUGCCCGUGCAACAGCACCCGCCGGCGUCGUUGCCCGCGGGUGCAUUCUUGGGGCGGUGCAACGAGGUGACUGGCCCAGCCAUCGCCGGCCAAAGAACCUGCGCCUGGGGCGCGGGGCUCGGGCAGUACUGUCCAGGGGGCGGCGGCGCUGAUCAUCAUCAGCUCGAGCUCAGCAAGAACACCACCGCAGCGGCACCGACGAACGCCGUGGCCAGGGAGGUGGCGCACGAGGACUCCACAAAGCUGGGGUUGCUGCCGUACUGCUUCGGCGAUUGCACGGCUGUGGACGCGGCCUCCAUCGCUGCCACUACUUCACCCCUUGCGGCAACGCCGGACGCCGCUGUCACCGUGGCGAGCGUCGCCGCUUCUACGGCUGGGCUGCCAGGCUUGCCUGCGAGUGCUGCCGCUCCUAAUGGUGUCGUCGCCAGCUAUGAUCUCCUGCAUCUGCAAGGGGGCGUGCGUGUGCAUGGCAAUUCAAGGCUCCUUUCAGCUCUUCACGCACGCAUGCAUUGGGCCGGACUACUGUCAUCUUUACUUGGGUUUCUUCAAACGCCUUUGAUUUCUGAAUUCACGGGCCACGGGACAAUAACUUCGCCGCAGUUAAUACUUCCCCAUUUGUUUGACUGUCUCUCUACACGGGCGCAUGCAGGACUCGCCGCGGACGGGGCCCUCCUCGGCGUCGGGACCGUCGCUCCUGCCGCCGUUUCCGCGGCCGCCGCGGCGCCGUCGGCGCCCACAGGGGCGCACGCGCAGCAGGAGGGCGGCGGCGUCGCGGCGCUGUGCGUCGCGGACACCGCCACGGGCAAGAGCGUGGCUCACGCCGUCGCGGCGGCGAGGCUGGACGUGCGGGCGCAGUUCGGCGAGGCGGCCGUGCUGUUCCGCUGCGCCGGCGAGCGCGGCCUCGACAUCGAGCAGGUCCCCGUCGACGCGUCGGGCCGCACCGUCCACCCGCUCCAGCACGGCGCCUUCUACUACGUGCUGGUAUAAAAAUAAUAACAGACGUGGCGCGUGCCGAAGCUAGCGUUCCCGGCCGUGUGCCGCGCAUGCAAGAGGCCUACUAUUACUAUCGACUAGUACGUGCCAGCAAGUGGUU